AUGAAUAAAUUAAUAAUUCUAUUUAUUAAAUUUUCAUUAUCAAAAGAAUGUAGUGAAUUUGGAUUGUAUAAAUUCAUAACAGAUACAAUAGCAGUGCAUUUGAAUAAUUCACCACAACCAUCAUUUUCAAAUAAUUAUUAUGAAAAAGUUGGUAUUGAUGAACAAUUAAAUAAAAUAAAUACAAAAACAACAAGGAUGUAUGAAUUCUAUUCUCAAAUUAAAAAUCUCAUUAUUUCAACAAGAAAUUCUCAUUUAAUUUUUAGAACAAGAAAUGAAAAUGAAUUUUUUAAUUUAAAUGAAAAUAAUGAAAUAACACUUUUCUAUUAUUUCCUUCCAUUUACAAUAAAUAUUGAUAAUGACAAGAAAAUGUAUUUAACUCCAAGGUAUUACUAUGGACUUAACUCUGUGAAUACACCGAAUGAAAUAAUAAAUAAUCAGAAUGUAGCAGUUAAAACAAUUAAUGGAGAAUAUCCAUUUAAUAUUAUUCGUGAGUUUGGAAAGAAAUACUCUGCUUUAAAAUGUCCACAUGCACAAUUUACAGAAGCAAAAGAUGAUUUAGUUGAAGGCAGUUUGAAUGUAACAAAAAGCAAUGAAAAAAUAAAACAAGGAAUUAGAAAACCAUUAACUGAAGAAGAAACAAAAGAAAUGAUCAAUACAAAGAAAGCAUUAGAAGAAAAUGAUAGAAUUACCACUAAAUUUAUAUCAAGUGAUAAUAAUAUUUAUUGUACAUUUUUUAAAUCUUUUGAUACAAAGGAAACAACAACAUAUGAAGAUACAAUUACAGAAUGUAUUGAUUUAUUUGAUUCUAAUAAUUAUCCUAUUCAAGUAAUAUUCCCAAAGAAUGGAGGAGGUUAUAUUAUUUAUUCACAAUGGAUAGAAAAGAGGUAUCAUCACCUGAUGAUAAACUUUAUUAAAAAAGGAUAUGCAAUAAAUUUAUAUGAACCAGAGACAUGCCAAAGAAGAAGAGGAAAAUUUAUAAGCAGUGUUCCUCUUUUAAAUUUAUUCCCACUUGGAGAAUGUUUUUCCAAAAAAGAAAAUAAUGAAAAAUCCAAGAAAACCAACAGAAAUAGUAGUUUAUACAGAUUCAUAUUGUUAUUCUGCUUGUUCACUUGUUACAAAAGGAUUAAAAGAAUGUUGAUGAGCUAUUCUUGUUGGAUUUAUUUUAUUGAAACAUAUAGAUUUAAUUAUGAAUAUAAUGAACGUAUUCCUAGAGAAUUCUUAACAGAUAUUAUAGAUGAAAGAGUGAAUAUUUAUCAAUUUUCAAAUUAUAAGAUAAAAGAAUUUGAAGAACAAACAAAGAAAAUAGCUGAUAAGUAUAAUGAAAUUAAUAUAGAACAUGGACAUGGAGAAUAUGAAUAUGGAGAUAAUGGAGAAUGGAGUACAAAAUGUGUACUUUCAUAUUGUGAUUCAGGAUACAAGUUUGAUUAUAUCAAUAAUAAAUGUAUUGAAGGAGUAUGUUCAAAGGGAGUAUCAAUAAGCAUAAUAAAGGUAGUGAUGAUAAUUGGAAUAAUCAUAUUAAUUGUCUAA